AUGGGACCAAACAAGGGCUACAUGAAAGAGCUAAUUACAGAAACCUCCCUUGAAUAUGGAUAUGUGAAGGUGGCUACCGAGGUGUUUAAUAAGGAGAAAUAUAGAGUUGAGGCUGACUUUAAGGUUUAUACCAUUUUGAUAUACGGUUGGUGUAAAAUAGGGAAAAUCGAGAUGGCUAGAAGGUUUUGGAGGGAGAUGUUGGAGAGGGGGAUUGAACCGAAUGUGGUUACCUAUAAUGUGUUGUUGAAUGGGAUUUGCAGGCAUGCUAGUCUGCAUCCAGAGGGGAGGUUUGAGAAGGUCAUUCGUGAUGCGGAGAAGACGUUUGAUGAAAUGUAUGAGAAAGGAGUAGAACCUGAUGUCACAAGUUAUACGAUUUUACUUCAUGUUUAUAGCCGGGCACAUAAGCCCCAGUUGUCAUUAGACAAGUUGAAUAUGAUGAAAGAAAAGGGUAUUUGCCCAAGUGUGGCUACAUAUACAUCAGUUGUGAAGUGUCUUUGUUCAUGUGGGAGAAUUAAAGAUGCCGAGGAUUUAUUAAAUGAGAUGGUGCUUAAUGGAGUUAGUCCCACGGCUAUGACUCUUAAUUGCUUUUUUAAGGAGUACAAGGGGAGAAGUGAUGUAGAAAGUGCAAUGAAGUUGUACAAGAAAAUGAAGGAAGGCGGGUUGUGGUGUUCACCAAGUAUACAUACAUAUCAUAUAUUGCUCGGAAUGGUUUUGAAGUUGGGUAAAAUGGGGCUUGCAAGGGAGAUUUGGGAUGAUAUGAAAGCUAGUGGAACUGGACCUGAUUUGGAUGGUUAUACAUUGUUAAUUCAUGGAUUGUGCGAGAAAAGGAAAUGGAGAGAUGCUUGUGAAUUUUUCGUGGAGAUGAUAGAGAAGGGAUUUCUUCCGCAGAAGAUUACUUUCGAGACACUGUAUCGAGGAUUGAUACAAGCUGAUAUGUUGAGGACUUGGAGAAGAUUGAAAAAGAAGCUUGAGGAGGAGUCAAUAACUUUUGGUUUGGAAUUUGAAGAGUAUCACCUAAAGCCAUACAGGAGAUGAUAGUUCUUCAGUGACAUUGGAUGCAAAAGUUCAAACACUCUGUUAAUAUCUCAAUAAAAGCUCAAAGAUUUAGAGAACAUAAUGAUGUGAUCAAUUUCAGCACAAAUGAUCAGGCAAUGCACACCAUUACUUCUGCUCUCAAGGCAAACAGCAGCUUGCCUGCCUGCUUUCUUCUAUGAGGCGUAACUGUAAUUCAUUUCCAGUUAUUCUAACAGCAAAAGCUGGAAAUGCGAACUCUCCGCGUGUAGCUAUGAUUAGCCUGAAGGUUAAAUUAAGUGGACAACUGUUACUUUGAAGGAAUAUUGAUAUAUUUUCUUUCAUUUGGUUUUCAGCUUUAAAAAUAGUUUUAGGAUUUGUUAGUUACUGCAAUAGUAUAUAUAUGCAACUAACUUUGUUUUCAGACCUUGAUGCUAUGAAAACAGUUUCAGGAUU